AUGCGUACAUCAGGCGUCUUGCUCAGUCUGGCGGCUUUGAGCCAUGCAGCCUUGGAGAAACGGGCGGAUUCUGCACUUGCCUACAGCUCCAACGCGGCGGGCAACUACAAGCUCUCCCCAGUCGCAGCUCCGGUGCAAGGGACAGGAAACCCUGGCGGCGAGUCAACUUGGCAAUUGUCCGUUGAUGACACCUCCUCUGGACACAAACAAACCAUUGUCGGGUUUGGUGCGGCCGUCACCGAUGCCACCGUCACUUCGUUCAACACCUUGUCCAGCUCCACACUGCAAAACCUGCUCAAUGAGUUGAUGACUUCUGCCGGCGCGGGAUUUGCCUUGAUGCGACACACAAUCGGCGCCUCAGAUUUGUCCGGUGAUCCGGCCUAUACGUACGACGACAAUGGAGGCAAAGAGGAUCCAUCGCUGUCGGGGUUCAACCUGGGCGACCGCGGGACGGCCAUGGCCCAGAUGCUGGCCAAGAUGAAGUCCCUGCAGCCAGAAAUGAAGGUGCUCGGCUCCCCCUGGAGCGCCCCGGGAUGGAUGAAGCUGAACGGAGCCAUCGAUGGGAACACGAAGAACAACAAUUUGAACGACGGAUAUCUCACCAGCGGCGGUACUGGGAGCACGGGCUAUUCGAGUCAGUUUGCUCAGUACUUUGUCAAGUAUAUCCAAGCCUAUGAGACACUCGGAGCGCACAUCGACGCGAUCACGAUCCAAAAUGAACCAUUGAAUAGCCAAGCGGGUUAUCCUACCAUGUACGUCUUUGACUGGGAGUCGGCACAGCUCAUCCAGAAUUACAUCGGCCCGGCCCUUGCCAACGCCGGCUUGAAUACGGAGAUCUGGGCAUAUGAUCACAACACCGAUGUGACCUCGUAUCCCCAGACUGUCAUCAACCAGGCUGGACAAUAUGUCAAUUCCGUUGCCUGGCACUGUUAUGCCUCGAACGUGGAUUGGACCGUUCUGAGUAAUUUCCACUCGUCCAACCCUGGAGUGAAGCAGUAUAUGACAGAAUGCUGGACCCCAGCAUCCGGAUCAUGGCAUCAGGCGGCCGAUUUCACUAUGGGACCAUUGCAGAAUUGGGCCGCAGGAGUGACUGCAUGGACUCUCGGUACCGACGCCCAGGAUGGUCCGCAUCUGUCCAGUGGUGGUUGUGAUAGUUGCCGGGGCCUGGUUACGAUCAACAAUGGCGGAUAUACCCUGAACCCCGCAUACUACAUGAUGGCGCAGUUCAGCAAGUUCAUGCCACCCGGGGCGAUCGUGCUGAAUGGUAGCGGGAGCUACACAUACUCCGGCAGCGGCGGCGUGCAGUCCGUCGCAUCCCUGAACCCGGACGGCUCGCGAACGGUGGUCAUUGAAAACACCUUUAACAACGACCUCUAUGUGACCGUGACCAUGAAGAGUGGGGAUAAAUGGAGCGGGAAUAUUCCCAGCGAGUCGGUGACCACCUGGGUACUGCCCGCUGCGGCCUGA